UACAUUCAGUUGUCUUUUGUCAGUCGUUCGUGAGACAUUACGAAUCGGUAGUGUGUGCUUUGUUGUAUUUAGUGGCAUUCACUAAAUUUAGUUAGUGCCGUGUUGUGUGAAAGAUACAAUUAGAUAUUAAUUUAACUAAAUACCGUUUAAAUUAAUGUAAAUUGCUAUAAUUAAACAUAUUUCGGCUUUAUUAACAGACAAAAUUCAACGAAAUCUAUACAACAGAUUAAAAAUAAAUAGUGUCUAAUCAAUUAAUUUAACAAAAAAAAAUAAAUAAAAAAAGAAAAGUUACAAAAGAAAUCAGGAAAAAUAAAAAGAAUAUUGUUCUUUCUGUUCGUUCACCUACACUUGCAUACACGAUCCCGUAGAAUAUAGUAAAUAUCAAAAUACGACUAAAAUAUAAGAGAUAAAAGGGAGAACGAGCGCCAGAGAGCGUGCUGCAGAAGAGAAUGAGUGAGAUUUAAUGAAUAGUUUAACAAAAACACGCGCAGUAAAAUAAGCAACGCGAGUUGAAGGGAAAAAUAUAUAAAAUUAUUAUUAAUUAUUGUUCGUAUUAUUUUGAAGUGAUAAAAUCUAGAAAAACCAAUAAAAAAGUGAUCAUUUUUUCGAAAAAAAGUGAAAAAUAAUAAAAAUAAAGAAAAUUUUGUCCAUUAUCGCUGCACACGUUCAUCGUAUUUUUAUAAAAUAUUUAAUUUAUGGAUAAAUGAAAUCAGUAGUGGUUUAUUGGUUUUUUACAAAAUUAAAAACACGUCAACUGCUUCAAUCAUCACAAUAACACCAUUAGAAAACAUUGCUACUCAUAGGUGUCGCGCUGAUCGGCCCCGGCCUAAGGGGCCAUGACGCGGUGGCCCUUUAUCAUCUUACAAUUGCUCUCGGUGGCAGUAAUACUGGUUCCGGGUCUUAAUGUGGUGCGCGAUAAGAACAAUCGCAUUGUUGUCAAUGUCGGCUAUCUAACCGCCUUAACAGGUGAGCUCAAAGAUAAGCAGGGUCUAGCUAUAUCCGGAGCUCUUACCAUGGCCUUGGAUGAGAUCAAUAAUGAUACAAAUUUACUACCCAAUGUCUCGUUGAAACUGCGCUGGAACGAUACCAAAGGUGAUACCGUACUAGCCACCAAAGCCAUAACGGAAAUGAUUUGUGACGGCAUUGCCAUGAUAUUCGGUCCCGAGGGCCACUGUUAUGUUGAAGCAAUUGUCACUCAGAGUCGAAACAUUCCAAUGAUAUCCUACAAAUGUCCUGAAAACCGAGCCUCUUCCAUACCCACAUUUGCACGUACUGAACCACCAGAUACACAGGUAAUUAAAUCGGUCAUAUCGCUGUUGCGUUAUUAUGGCUGGAAAAAGUUUUCCAUAUUGCAUGAGGAAAGUUGGAGCAUGGUGGCCGAUUUGCUGAAACAAGAGGCCCACAAAAAGAACAUGACCAUUAAUCACAAGGAAUCAUUUAUUGAUAAUAUGGCAAAGUGUUGUGAGGAAAUGUUGGCCUGCUGUCGUACUGGUUUCUGGUAUCAGAUUGUACAAAACACCAUGAAUCGUACACGCAUCUAUGUUUUCUUGGGCAGUGCUAAUGCUUUGGUUGAGUUUAUGGCUUCCAUGGACACGGCAAAUCUUUUCUCCAAAGGCGAAUACAUGGUGAUAUUCGUCGAUAUGAUGACCUAUACGCCAAAAGAAGCCGAAAAAUAUUUGCGUAAACCGGAACACAUCGAGCAUAUGAAAAGUUGUGGAGAAACUGACAAUUUAAUACAACGUGCCCGCAGUCUUCUAGUGGUUGCCUCCACCCCACCCACAGACAGUUAUGAAGAGUUUACCGCCAAAGUGAGAGAGUACAAUUUAAUGGAACCGUUUAAAUUCACAUUGCCACACAUAUUUUUAAACAAUAAUUUUAUUAAGUUUGUUUCUAUAUAUGCCGCCUACCUCUAUGAUUCUGCCAAAUUGUAUGCCUGGGCCUUGGAUGAAUUGCUGCGCAAUGCUUCAAAAACGCAAAACUUAACGGAUGAAGAAGUCUAUAAUAUAGCACGAGAUGGUAGUAAAAUAAUUGAGACAAUUAUCAAGAAUGGAACCUAUAAAAGUGUUACUGGCGCCACUAUUAAGAUCGAUAAUAAUGGAGAUUCGGAGGGCAAUUUCUCCGUGUUGGCCUAUAAACCGUUUAAGUAUUCGUAUCGUGAAAAUCUAUCAUGUAAUUUUCAUAUGGUACCUGUGGCACAUUUUCAACAAGGAUCUGAUAUUCCAGAAUACAAACUCAUCAAUGGUUCUAUGCGUGUGGAUUGGCCUUCUGGCGGUGAUCGUCCGUUUGAUGAGCCCAUGUGUGGUUUUGCCAAUGAAUUGUGUAAAAAGGACGAUCGCCAUAUAACAUCUUUGGUGGCAGCUGGCAUUUUAGGUUUAUUGCUCUUUUGUGCCGGUGUUGUUACCAUGAGUAUCUAUCGUAAAUGGAAGAUCGAACUGGAAAUAGAAGGUCUUCUAUGGAAAAUCGAUAUAUCUGAAGUGAAAGGUUAUUCGGGCAAUGAUAUUGUCUCGUCACCCAGUAAGCUAAGUUUGGUUAGUGCCCAAUCGUUUGGCUCUAGAUGCUCAAAUCAAGUGUUUACAUCCACGGCUCGUUUGCGGGGCGCAGUGGUGCGUAUAAAAGAACUGAAAUUUCCACGCAAAAAGGACAUGUCACGUGAAAUCAUGAAAGAAAUGCGUUUGUUGCGUGAAUUACGCCAUGAUAAUGUUAACAGUUUCAUUGGUGCCUGUGUGGAGCCCAUGCGCAUAUUACUAGUCACUGAUUAUUGUGCCAAAGGCAGUUUGUAUGACAUCAUCGAGAAUGAAGAUAUCAAAUUGGAUGAUCUGUUUAUAGCUUCUCUCAUACAUGAUCUCAUUAAGGGUAUGAUUUAUUUACAUGAUUCGUCGUUGGUUUUUCAUGGUAAUCUGAAGUCGUCCAAUUGUGUGGUCACUUCAAGAUGGAUGUUGCAAGUGACCGACUUUGGUUUGCAUGAUUUAAGGCACUGUGCUGAAAGCGAAUCCAUAGGAGAACAUCAGCACUAUAGAAAUCAAUUUUGGAAAGCUCCCGAAAUUCUAAGAAAUCCCCAUGUGUAUGGCUCCCAAAAGGGUGACGUUUAUGCUUUUGCCAUAAUAAUGUAUGAAAUAUUUAGUCGUAAGGGUCCCUUUGGUCAAACUCUAUACGAGCCCAAGGAAAUUGUGGACUUGGUUAAAAAGAAACCCAUUAAGGGCGAUAUGCCUUUUCGUCCCGAGUUGGAGUGCAUAAUCGAGGGUGAGCUGUGUCCUGAUUAUGUUUUAAGUUGUAUAACGGAUUGCUGGCAUGAGGAUCCUGAAGUGAGACCUGAUUUUCCCACAAUAAGAACCCGCCUGAAGAAAAUGCGUGGUGGAAAAACGAAAAAUAUUAUGGAUCAAAUGAUGGAAAUGAUGGAAAAGUAUGCCAAUAAUUUGGAGGAUAUUGUUACCGAACGUACCCGUUUGUUGUGCGAGGAAAAGCGUAAAACUGAAGAUCUGUUGCAUCGUAUGCUGCCGCAAUCUGUAGCCGAAAAAUUAACCAUGGGUUUGGGGGUUGAGCCCGUAUCCUAUGAUUUGGUGACCAUAUAUUUCAGCGACAUUGUUGGUUUUACGGCUAUGUCAGCCGAGAGCACUCCUCUGCAGGUGGUCAACUUUCUUAAUGAUCUCUAUACGGUAUUCGAUCGUAUCAUACGCGGCUAUGAUGUCUAUAAAGUGGAAACAAUUGGUGAUGCCUAUAUGGUGGUAUCGGGUUUGCCCAUUAAAAACGGCGACAGACAUGCUGGCGAAAUUGCCUCAAUGUCUUUGGAACUUUUGCAGGCUGUGAAACAACAUAGAAUUGCCCACAGACCAAAUGAGGUACUAAAACUUCGUAUUGGCAUGCAUACUGGUCCGGUGGUGGCUGGUGUUGUUGGACUAACAAUGCCGCGUUAUUGUCUUUUUGGCGACACUGUUAACACGGCUUCUCGCAUGGAGUCAAAUGGAGAGGCUUUGAAAAUACACAUCUCUGGCAAGUGCAAAGAUGCCUUGGAUAAGUUGGAGGGUUACGUAACCGAGAAACGCGGUUUGGUCAAUAUGAAGGGCAAGGGAGAUGUGGUCACAUAUUGGCUAGUGGGAGCUACCGAGAAAGCCAUUCAAAAGAAAGAGAUCGAUAUGACAGACUUGCCACCACCAUUGUUUUGCCGUCCACGCAAGAGUCCGAAGUUGAAUUCGGAUUCCAGACAACCUAGUAUAGUGGGGAUGCACUACGCUGGUGCCGGCUCUAGGCGUCAGUCCAGUGUACCUCGAGCCGAUGUCGAGUCCAAUUAUAGCCUUCAAGGAUCAACGUAUCAGGUGCAACGGGAAUCGCCACGCUUGUCUAUGAAACGUUAUGAACGCCCUGCAGCCAAUGGUGUGGGGAAUUUUCCAGGCAAUAGCAUACCAGAAUAUAUGGGCUACGGUGGCAGUGGUGCUACUGGUGGUGGCGGUUUAAAUGGUAGUGGCGGUGUUGUCAACUCCGAUAAUAUAACGGAGGCUUCACAUGCAUCGCAUAGCACUCUGGAGCAUUCCGAAAUAAACUGUGAUAAUAACGGCGUGGGUGUAAAUGGCGGCAUUGGAUCGGCCUUUAGCUCAUCCCGCCUAGCUAGUCCCUCGCACAAACCUUUGGCCAUGGUGCGCCCGCAUCGAAUUGUCAAUUCUCCCAACUUUACUCAGGAUAUGUAUGGAAGUGGUAUUAUACUAGGAAGUGCUGUGAUUGCUCAUCAUAAUUUACGUGAAGCCAUAUCCCUUGAUCCCAUACCAUUUCAAUUGCGCAAGCGUCACGAGCCAAAGAUACUGCCGCCUUCAAAGUUGAGCAAGAACAACUCGAGAUCUUUGGAUACAGGAGUCUCGCUAAUAAACGAUAAUCCCAAUGGUGAAACGGACGAAGACUCCACACAGCAUCAGAGAUACAACGAAGCUACAAAUGAAACGAACAAUGUACCUGCUCUAGAAGAAUACGAAGGCGAUGAUGUGGGCUUACUGAUGUUGCGAGAUAAUGGCGAUAUAAAUAACCGCAGUUCAGCCACAAUUGUUCCUGUGGGUUCCUCCCUUCUCAACAGGCGACGUAGCGGAGGUGGCUACUCCAUAGGAGGAGUCAGCACUGGUACCGGUGUCUCCAUGUUGCCUUACAAACACUUGAAUAACAAUUGUAAUGGUGGCAUGACGAUUGAAGAAGACGUCCAAUCUCCACUACUGCAACGACAAGCUUCCCUUACGACACCCACCAGCAUGGAGAAAGCUAAGCGAUGGCACUCCUUAGAAAACAUUGAACAGCAUGCGGGCAACAGUGUCAGUUAUGCCCCAGACAUUGAUGGCCGCCAAGCCGGCAGCUCAAAUAAGGCAGCUGGCAAGAAAGCCUCUCGCAAUAACACCACCGGCGGCGAUUCUGGCAAUUCGUCUUCUAUAAUAGAUCGUUUAGUUAGUAUUUUCCAUGGUAAUGGAAAAAAGACCAGUGAAGCUUCUUUAAGACGCGUGGGUAUUUUGCCAAGUGCUGUCAGAGGAGUGCCCGGGUUCAGUGACAUCAGCAGUUCUUCGAGAGACCGAGAGAGCAUAGUUUAGUGAAAAUUAUAUUACGUGUGUUAUCAUAGAGUAUGUUUGUUUAUAUAUUUAAGAAUGGAACAAUUUUCGUUAUGUAGAAUUGUGUCUAGUCACAGUCUCUAGACUAGUUUAUUAUUAUUAUAAUUAUUUUUAUUAAUACAUAUGUAUAAUUAUUUAUAUUGCUAAUUUGUUUCCCCCUCAUGCAAAAUGUCCCUCAACGCGCCCCAAACGGAUCGUUUUAAAAUGUUAAUUUAAAAUUUUGAGUUUAUUUUUUUAAAAAAUCGGUCAAAUAUUAAAAAAAAGAAAAAAUGAAUAAAAAAAAACAUUAGGAUUUUUUUUAUUUUAAUUAUAAAUAACAGUGUUUGAUCACUUUAUGCGAUUUAUAUAUUUAUUUUUUAAAUUUGUAAAAUGAUUUGAUUUAACACUGUUUAAUGGGUUUAUUACAAUAUUUCAAAUAAUGCGAAAUUAUAAGACUUUUCCACCAAACAAAGAUAAAUGUAUUUUUUUAUAUAACAUUUUCUUUAUAUUUUUUUUUUUAGAUUACUUUAUUAUUUUUUCAUUAAUUUAAUUAACAAAAAAUAUACGUACAUACACUACUGGUAAAACAACCAUUUAAUUAAUUGUUUUAAUAAUUAUAAGAAAAUUUAAUUAAACCUCGACAUUCAUUAACAAAAAAAAAAAAAAAUAAAAACAAAAACAAAAAACUUCAAGUCAAUAAAUAUUAAAUUUUAGUAAAAAUUUAGCCAUUCAUAUAUUUUUUGUUUGUUUUUUCUUAGUAAUUGUAAUUAUAUUUCAUUAGUUAUAAGUAUAUAAAUAAUUUUAAUUUUAGCUUUAUUAUAUUAUUGUUGUAUUUAGUUUUUUCCCUUUUCUUUUAAUUUAAAAUCCACAAUUUUUAGGCCUUUGUACAUACAUAAAUACCUACCUACCUACCUACCUACAUAUAAAUAAUUUAAGAUUGUGUGUUUAAUUAAUAAUAAGAAAACAAGCUAAUUAAUCAAAAUUCUUUGUAAGUUUUUAAUCAAUCAAUCAAUUGUUUUCAAGUGAUAUUGAUGAUAAUGUUUUCUGAUAAUUCCUUUAAUCGACGAUUGUUUUGUUUAAUUAUAAAGAAGAUUGGUUAUUUAGAAAUAUAAAAUUAAAAUUAAUCGCGCAAUUAAAAAAUUGUUGUUAGAAAAUUAUACAGAAACCCAAACGGAAAACAAUUUUUAAAUUUUUGAAUGGAAAUAACUCAGUUUUCAAAUUAGUUUUAUACAAAAAUUUGAAAAGGUUUUGCGGUGGUGUUUCUCGAUUAGGCCCAUAAUAUUGUGGUUAGUUGUUAAUUAUAAUUGUAAUAAUAAAAAUAUAUUUAGUUAGAGAAACAAAAUGUUGUGUCUGCUUUUGUAUCAUAGAAUUGUAUGUGUAUUGUAUGUACGUGUAUAUAUGUAUUGUUGUUAUCUGUGAGAGUAAAUGUAUGUAUGUUAGUUUAGUUAAUUAAUAAUUAUGUUUAUUAUUAUUACUAUUAUAAUCAUGUUGUCAUAUACAGAUCAAUACUGUGUUAUUAGCAUGCCGUAAAAAUUAACCACGAUGGUUUAAUCGUUACCUAAAACAUAGAUUUUGGAAGUUAAAAAUAACGUUUUGAAAAAGGUUAAAUAUAAUUUGGAAUAUUUUUUCUAGGACCACCAAAAUUGUUGAACAAAUCUUUAAAACUUUCUAAAUAUGUACCAUUAGAAAUUGAAUUCCCAACAUGUAACAGUGCUACAUUCGGCUGUGCCGAUUUCCUUAUGCACUGUUCAUAAGUAUUAUUGAAAAUAACUCUUUUAUGCAAAAAAAACAAAUAAGAGAGCUAUAUUCGGCUGUGCCGAAUCUUAUAUACUCUUCACCAAAGUAUACUUUAAGAUAACUAUUGAAAACAAUUUUAGUUGAAAAAAAUUUAUUAUUGAAAAUUGAGGGUAAAUGCAAGUUUAAAAAAAAAAAUUUGGUGAAAAAAAUGUUUAAUUUUUUUGAAAAUUGUUGUUGAAAAAAAUUCUGAUAAAAAAAAUAUUUAUCCCGAUUUUGACCCUUUGUCGUUUCGAAUUUCUAUGGCGUUAUCGUUGGAAAGGUCUUUGAAAUGUCUAUCAUUAGUUAUGCAUAUUGUCUAAGUUAAUGACUUAGUAAUCCAGAUAUAAGUAGGUCAAAAAUCGAGGCAGUUGUGUUUUUUUCUUUUACUUCAGCUGAUUUUUCCGAAUUUAAAUACAUACAUACAUGUAUCUAUCAUGUAUGUAAGUAAGGUAUGGGCUUCCGAAAAUUGAUUUCAAAAUACCACUCAUGGAGAAGGAUAUAAAAACCAUAAUUUUACACAAUAAACUAACAUUUUUCCCUGCGAUAAUUAUAAAUUUGUAUUGUAAGAAUUCAAGUACAUAAUUAUAAAAUGCAUUUAAAAGAGAAAUACAUAUUCAAAAUUCGAAAUAAAAUCGUUUACAAUUAAAUUCCUCUUCCUCUGUAUUCAAAUGAAGUGCAGCAUGCUAAUUUCACAAGAUUUGUUUCAGUAUAUUUCAACAUAAAUCUUUCUGAGUAUAUGUGUAGUAGUAAACAUGUAUACAUUAUUGUUUUCUAGUUUUAAUUAAAUAAAGAAAAAACCAACUACUUUGUAAGAAAUUAUCAUCAUAAUUUGUAAUCAUGUAUUUAGGACAAGUUUAAAAACAAAUAAAUUAAAUCAAAUAAAUAAUCAAAAAAAAAAAGAUAACUAAAUAUUUGUAAAACAUACAUAAUAACAAAUGUACUAAAUGUAUGUAAUUAUUAGAAAAUAUUUACAUAAAAAAUGUUUGUAUUGUAAUUUAAAUCUUAAAUAAGUAUGUUAUAAUAGUCUAUUAAAACAAAACAAACAAAAAAAGAAAAACAAAAACUGAAAAUUACCUUGAAUUGUUUAAACAAAUAAUGUUCAUCAAUUUUGCUUGUAUUUUUGUUUUAGUUUCAUAAUAUGUUUGUUGUACAAUGUGUGUAAAUGUUGUAAAGUUUGUAACUAUAUAUAACAAAAAAAAAAUGAAAUCAUGCAAAAAGUUAAAAAAACGAUGACCAUAUAAAUUCUAGUUAUUUUUGUAAUUAUUCUCAAAUGAAUUGCCAUAUGAAAAAUAUGAAUAUUUUCAAGUUUCAAUAAAUAAAAUAUGAAAACAAA